GAAGCUUCCCUGAGUGGCUCACAGAUAGGCAGAGCAGGGCCUUUGUCGUGUCUUUGUAAGUUGUUGGGUCUCUACAAUAACCACAUGUUGGCCGCUAAGUCACAAACCCCACUGCAAGACUGUUUGAUCGGACAGUGUUUAGUGAAAGUUUGACCUGGUGGAAGCACACCGGAAAAUGGAACCAUUUCCUGACCAAUUUAUGGAAUUUCACCCCAUCCAUGGUAUCAACAUCAGACUGGACCACUCAGGAACCCAGGCCAUGCGGGUGGAGAGCUUUGCCAACGGGGUGUGUUUCAGCAAACACCCUCUGAAGCCUGGGGAAAUCUUUCUCAUAGAGAUCGAGGACAAGGAGCUGGGAUGGUGUGGCCACCUCCGGAUCGGCCUGACUGCCAGGAAUCCCUUGGACUUAGAAGUGGUACCUGAAUAUUCCAUCCCGGACCUUACAGACCUUGGAGACAGCUGGAUCUUUGCUAUCACUCGCAACCACAACAAGAUCAUAGAGGAUCCUGAGGUCCAGGAGCCGGGCGAGGGAGGACUGGCUGGUGGUCAGAGGCUCGGGCGGGGGGAAGUUGAAGAUAGAGCUGUAGAUGGAGGAGGAAACAACGUGAAUCCAAAGACUUUCUUCACUGACUCUCACUUGUACAUUGAGAAUGUUCGAAUCCCCAGAGACAAGCUCGUCGGCAGGAGCCGGCCGGGACGUUACAGCCACAUUUUGGAUGACUUGUAUAAGACCAACGCACUUCCUCCCACAGCCAGACGCAGCAGGAUAGGAGUACUGUAUGUGCCUAAAGGAAGAGACCUGGGUGAUAUGCAUAUCAUCAUCAAUGGAGAGGACAUGGGAGCUUCUGCAAAGGGGAUUCCCACCAUCCAGCCUCUCUACGCAGUGGUGGACGUCUUUGCUGCUACUAAGUGUGUCAGAAUUGUCCAGGUUGAGUAUGGAUUCUCAUCCUUGCAGACAUUGUGUAGGAAGGCCAUCCAGAAGCACAUUGUCCACAGGAUGGCCAUUGACUGGCUGGAGCUGCCAGAGGCACUCAAGCACUACUGCAAAUAUGAAUGAAGGAUAAAGACCUACAAUGGAUGGAAAUAUAAUGUCUGAACUCUCUCUUUCUACCAAGAAAAAAGAUAUUCAUUUUCAAUAUGAAACUAUGAAACUGUGUUUCAAUUGUAAAAUAAAGCUAAAAGAUUCAUGGUUA